AUGAAGAAGGUCACAGUAAUUGCGUCUAUUUUCCUCUUCUCCAUACUCCGUUUUCAAGAACUCCUACACGUUUCUUCAUCGCCUCACUUUUACGGAAACCAGGUUCACGAGGAAUCUUCUGGUGGAAAAAGAAAUUUAAAACAGGAGCAGGAGAAUGCUCCUGAAGUGCGCUGCUCCAGAGAUAGAAGUAGGGCUGUGUGGAAAGUUAUAGACGAGUAUUUAACACCAUUUGUGGAGAAAGAAAACUACGAGCUUUCGAAAAAGUGCAGACUUCACCCUGAGAAUGAUAUGUUUAGGGAUCAAGAAGAGCAUAAAAUUUACUUAGACAGAAAUGAAUGGCGCUGUGGAUAUUGCAAGAAAAGCUUCCGCGAAGAAAAGUUUAUCGAUCUGCAUUUUGAUAAAAGGCACUACAAUCUUCUGGAUCUAAGUCAUGGAAAAUGCUUGGCUGAUUUAUGUGGGGCAUUACACUGUGAUGCUGCGAAAAAUUCCAAGUUCUCUAGAAGCAAGUGUAAUCCAGCAGCUGCUGCAAGAAAUCGUCACCUAUGUGAGAGUCUUGCGGACAGUUGUUUUCCUAUAAGCGAGGGUCCGUCAGCAAGCCGCCUUCAUGAGGUGUUUCUGCACCAAUUUUGUGAAGCUCACUCCUGCUCAGGGAAACAUAAACCCUUCUCUAGAGGAGGCAAGGAUCAAGGAAGUUUCUUUCGCCUGGCUGUUGGAGCAUUGGUCUUGGUUUUACUUCCUGUGUUUUAUCUCUUUCUUUAUUUGAUACAAAGUGAUAUGAAGGGUCGGACUCAAGAGCUUCGUCGCAUCUCUAAAGCUGGAUGGAAAGCAAAGCCAGCAUGA